AUGCACACCCAAUUUGGCAUCUCGUACCACAACAAAUUGACCAAAGCUUUUGAGAACUUGUACAUUCGACUCGCUAAAAUGGUGGCUAGCCCCAGCAGCAGCCUGCUACUCAAGAAGCGCGCGCUAAAUAUGUGGUGUAUCAGCUUUCACGACGCGUCGCUGUUGAGAAAUUCGGCCAUUUUGCACACUCUAGGCGAACUCCUCCAACAUGAAGCGAACAUUCAACAAAUGUCGCACCGAGACAUGGCAACAGACGAUGCCAUUUCGUGCAGCGCGCACGGCGUGCCGCCGUCGUUGACGUUGCCGCCUCGAUUGCGACCUGUGGAAAAGUUGGUGCACAUGGCCACCGCAGGCUACAAUGUGCACCAGGCGUGUUGGCAUGUCUUUUCGUGGCUGUGCAAGCAAUUCAUGGCCAACGAUGACCAUCGUGCCGUCCUCAACGAAUUGCGCCCGUCCGCGUCGUCGAAAGCACUCGCAUGUGCGUCUCCUCGGAAGCGCCUUUCGUUGCCACCAAAGCUAAUUGUGUCCACUUUGGAAGAAAGCAUCGACCACAUGUACCUUGUGUUGCUGCAGGAAAUGACCAAGACCAAGGAUGCGCUGGUUGCCUGGAAUUCGCACGCCUCGCAGAUGGCUCCAUGCCUCCAGGCCAGCCAGGUUAUGCUCUUAGCGGACCCCCACGUCGUGUCAAGCGUCAGCACCAUGUUCAUGGCCACGUACAAGCAACGGGCUCCUGAACUUGGGUGGACUGUGUGCAUGUGGGUGCAUAUUGAAGAGUAUAGUAAUGUCCCACUCGUGCUCGUCGCAAACGGCGACGUCCCGCUCGUGCAGAUGACCAUCACCGUCGAAGAGCAUGGCCACGUCGGUUUUACUUGGAGCUCGACAGAUCGACUGUUGUCCAACCGAACACUCAAACGAGGAGGCUGGACCCAUGUCGCAUGCACCUUGUUCAAAAACAAAAUUGAGCUAUAUAUCGAUGGCGGAGUCGACGCGACUCGGUCAGGGCAAUACGACAUCGUGCUACACCCGACGUUCACUGUGGGGGGCCUUGUCGAUCCCCUCAAACCGGAGCACCAUUCGUCACACAUCUUGCUCGACGACAUGACUGUGCAUGAAGAACCCCUUGCAGCGAACGAGAUUUCGUCGCUCGCGGCGGCGGGGCCGCUCUUGUUUCGCAUCAAACAGCGACAAAUUUUGGAUCAAUACUGCACGUCGCUCUUGUCGCUGUUGACGUGGCUGGCCGUCGUGAAAGCACCAGCUAUGACGGACGAGAUCCAUCUGAUGCUCACUCUCUUACCGCUAUGUCCGCCUCCAGCGCACCCGCACAUGUUUCAACUCUUGUCUUGUGUCUUGCCAUCGAUUGCACCAACGCUCGAGAUCCCAUCGUUGUCCGAAACCCUUUUGGCAUUUUUGGUCAAGCAGUUUGGCAUUGCGUGGUUCAGUGCUCAGAACAACUUGUACGGCCCCCCGGAACUGUACCAGUUGCUCACAUCGCGCAAAGACAAUUGCAUCUCGAGCCUCGUUCGAGCAGGGCAUUUGAGCAAGGACGGGGUGGCAUCGUGGAUAGUUUCGGACUGUCCGAUCAAGGCAAAGUCAACAUCGAUCCUUCGAUCCAUGCGGGCGUCGUUACUGGAUUCGUUUGUGACGCUGUUCCGGUCGUUGCUAACGUCGUCGACGUGGGUCCCCGAGUUGCUGCAGCUCUUUUCAAUCGAAUCGCCAGAGAAAGUGCUCCUGUCCUGCCGAGCAGACAGCUCCCUUCUCUCGAACCGCGAACCUGUGGUCCAGGUGAUUUUGUCCAUUUAUGUCUUGGGAGGCUACAUGAAGACCACGCCACCACCUAUCAAGAUGGGCGAAUCCAUGAUGCAGCUUCUUGAGUGGGUGCUGCAGCAUCCAGCGAGUGUCGACGGACACGUUGGUUCCCUCGACGACAUGGACCAAGACGUUCAAAUCGCCACGUACAUGCACGUUCGGGUGAGCCUCUUGCGCCUUCUCACGGCACAAACCCCUACGCCAACGGUGGCAGGCGCGCUAUUGCAACUGCCGAUCGUUGUGACCGAGUUGCUCUCGACGGCAAUUCGACCAUUCAAAGCGUCGUUGGAAGGGGUAUUUGGCAACGAAUUCGACGUUGUGUCCAAGCUCGAUAAUGUCCGUGGACUCAUGGAUUGGAUCACGGACGAUUCAAACGAGUCCAUGUCGAAGAAGCGAGUGAUUCUAGACACGUUGGCGACGUCCCUCUUUGAACGACUGCCGUAUGUCAGAGGCGUCGAGGUUUCCCCGUGGUGGGUUUUGAGCGCGGCGCAGAAUUUGCACGUCCUCGGUGGCGACGUUGACAUCGACGAGUACCGGAUCAAAGGCAUUCAACACUUUCCCACGGUCAAGCUCAACGGCGUGUCCGUCACGGCGGGUUCGGGCAUGUGGUAUUAUGAAGUAGUGCUUCUCAGCGACGGCCUCAUGCAGAUUGGAUGGAUCGACUCUGCUUUUGAAUCGGAUGCGUUGCAAGGUCAAGGUGUCGGUGAUCACACUAACAGUUGGGCCUACGAUGGUACGAGGUUUCGUCGCAAGAAGUGGAACGUGGGAGCGAUGGACUAUGGCGAAAAGUGGCACAGCGGCGACAUCGUGGGGGUUUUGCUGGAUACCGAUCGGUGUGAGAUGCAAUACUUCUUGAAUGGCCGGCCCCUUGGCGUUGCCUUUGAAGGCUUGCGACUCAACCAUCCAAUCUACCCCGCCAUGUCGCUCAAUGUCGACCAGAGCGCGCAAUUUCAUUUCACGUCGAGUCAAUUUUUAUACCUACCGUCGAUGGAAAAGAUUCAACCAGUGUCCAGUGCGAUUCUGGGCCACGUGUGCGAGCACAACACGACGGCGGCAACGAAAGCGACGACACCAAACGCAGGUCAAGAACAAGAUGCCCGUCGCACGGACCUCGUUGAGGGUUUAAUCGGACUGGGGUUUCCACCAGAAUGGGCUUUGCGCUGUGCGCGGGAAACUUCCAUGGAGCUCAGCGAAAGUGGAGCGAUCGCUUGGAUUAUGGAGCAAAUGGAGCACGAGUCACAGUCUGUGCGACCAGCACCCUUGCAUGGGAUCGACACAUCCACCCAUCACUUGCAACAACUCGACGGGUUUAUGGAUGUCAAGAAAUCGUCCGUGAUGCUUGAAGCGCCACCGCUGAUUGUCCAAGUCGACCAAGUGGAGUCGACGACCAACCCGUUCUUGACAACGGACGAGUUUUGUGAGGACGUCUACCAUGCCGAGCCGUUUGCGCCUCGCGCUCAACCACCGCCAACAAGCCCCGAGGUGAAAGCCACGGAUAAGAGCACCACGUUUGUCGUCGACCUCGCCGAAACGUGCCCUGACGAAGAAAUCCUUCCGUUGUACUUGGUCGCCGAGUCGGCACGGAGCAUGUGGUGUGCCCGCGACAGCGUGAAUCACUUGAUUUCUUAUGCACAAUACUUGCCUUCGCCUGGAUUCCCCGAAGCUUUUCUACUCGAAUUUGUCCAAAGUGUCGUUGGCCGACACGAUGACACCCCCAUGCGACUCGAUACUUUCAUGCGGAUCUUUCACGUCAUGUGCACCAAAAACCCUGCGUUUCUGUCGACAUUGAUUGCCGACAUGGUUCGCCAUUUUCAAGCCGCGUGCGCCAAGGAGCACUGGUACACGUCGUUCCGCCCAGGGGGCCGCGUUCCCAAGUCCAGUGUCAAUUUGGAGUGGAGUUCGUGGCUGGCGCGCGUUUUGUUUACGUUGGCCAGACAAAACGACGAGGCAAAAUUGAGGAUCGUCGGGUCAAGUGUGUGGCCUACCCUGAUGAAGGCAGCCACUUCUUGCAAUGCCACGCUUCGCCACCGUGCAGUUCUCGUCAUGACAGCGUACUUGCAGAUGGAUGUUGGCGCCACGUCGGCGGGGCUGCCGUCAAUUCGGGUAGAUUAUCUCGUCGACUGGCUCGCGGCCAAAGUCCGCAAAGAAAAACCCACUCGCGCCGUGUACACUGAUUAUACCCAGAGCGUGUUCCAGUUGGCCGUGACGCUGGAUGCUAUGUUGGACGGAGUCACCGAUACGCCACCGGCAACGGAAUCACGGUCAUCGCCGCCGUUGUCCGACUUGUUUAUUGAGCACAUUGGCACGACAAGCGUCACGAUCGCGCGCUCUUCGGCACUGGAGAACGUCAGUCACUUCCAACUGGCGACGCAAACCGUGGUCAACGGUCGCGUCGCGCUGUCGCCCUUUGCUGAUGUGGCGGAGGCUCAAUUUCAGCCGAGCCCAGCGUCGUUCACGUUCAUGAACCUUCAACCCGACACAACGUACAGCCUUCGCGCGGUCCUUCCCCCUGAUGAAUACACAGUCGCCGUCGACUUUGACACGGCGUGCGAAUCGCUGUUGGAACUCGACCCGUCCUCGAUGGGCGCCAACCUCGAGCUCUUGAACUACAACAUGUCUGUCCGCAACCGCGUCAACAAAAAGUGGCACGCUGUUCGAGCAAGUGUGUCAUACACGUCGGGCGUGCACACUUGGGACGUUCGCAUCGACAAAUGCGUGUCCAAGAACAUCUUUGUCGGUAUUUGCACGGCCGAUGCAUCCAUGGAGAACUACGUCGGCAGCGAUGCGUGGGGGUGGGGCUUCCUCGCAAACAAGGCCGUGUGGCACAACAAGAGCAAGCUCCAAACGUACGGUGACAUUUUCAAGCAAGGGGAUGUCGUAACGGUGACGCUGAAUUUGGACCGCGGCACACUCAGCUUUGCGCGCAACGGCGAUUCGUUCGGCGUCGGGGUCGAACACUUACCGAGCCAUGAGGCAGCGUACUAUCCAGCGAUUUCCAUGUACAACAAAGACGACCAGGUCACAUUCUUGCCCCACGAAGCUGCCAUGGCGUCCAAGGCAGCCAAGUCCGGGGUGGCGUCUGUGAUGCGAAUGGUGCGGGACGUGCAGCGACUGCACGCGUUGUGGGACGAUUCGUCGCAACCACCAUUGCAUGACAACGAUGUCUACUCGGCGUGGGUUCAAUGGACUCUGGGGCAGCUGGUGUACGUCACGGGAGCUCAAGGGGAGAUUCUAGCGGUCGAUGUUUCGGACAAAGCAUGCGCCCCCUUUGGCCUGAGCCCCGGGGAUGUUGUGUUUACGACCAAAGGCAUGUGCACUAUCUUGGGGGUGGCACACCACCAGAUGUGGUACUACCUGGAAUCGCAUUCGCCGCCAACGGGUCCCGCGGGACAAGUUCUCGCAGGCUGGAACGUUCAAGUUUGCAGGGAUAUGCUGUCGCGACCGAACGAGUUCCCUAUCACAAGACAACACCACGAGCAUCAGCACAGCGCCUGGUCAUUGUGUGAAGUAACUUUUGACGAGUUUGCCGCCCGUCAAGGCGGUUGGACCCCUGCAUUGGAUGAAGCAUUCGUGGGCCACCUCCAACUCUUGGCGUAUGGCAUGAGUGUCGAGUCCAUCCUCCACUUGGCUCCCAAGGACAUCCUCAACGCCUUCGCCAACGAACCCGGCAACCCCGAAAAGGUUCCUGGCAAGUCGACCCUCGACUGCCUCUGUCGCGUCGGCAUUAUUCAUGCUUCGAACCGAAUGAUGCAACACGUGCUGCCGGUCCUAGUGUCAUCGUCUGGAUUGCAUUUGGUGCCGCGAGCGCGCCAUAGCUGCGUUGUUGGGACAAAGUUUGUUCGGGACUUGAUCAAGAAGAGUGCUACCUUGACCAUGCCCAGUGCGACGGAUGAUCUGGACGAAGAUCCCAUGGACCUUGCCAAAUUCAAACUGACCUUGCCAGUGACACCGUGUGUACCAUACUGGGAAUCGCGAAGCGCUUCGGCUGGAGUUUCCAACACAUCGACUGCUGCGUCGGCUGAAAGCCGCCUCGCGAGUAUUGCCGGACAACUUGCCGCGUUUUUCGGCCACGUGGACGAAAGGGACCUUCGUCGACAGUUCAUGGCGCCACCCGCGAGCGUGUACACAACGUCUGUCCAGCCGCGUGCAUUUCGAGUUGUGUGCGACGACUUGCCCGACCCGAAUUCGGCGUAUCUGCAUGUAUUUCGAGAGUGCGCGCGGGAAGUGCAGUCGCGUACGGUCGCCCUCUUUGUUCCAGUGGCAUCCUCCCACGAUGCAUUGCCUUCCACCAUGGUCAACCUCGACGAAAACGACAUGGCGCAGUUUGAGUGCGUCGGGAAGGUCAUCGGCAUGGCCUGGCGAUGUGACGUCCCGAUGCCAUGGUUAUUUGUCCCGCUUGUGUGGAAAUUCCUGGCAGGAGAACCGUUGACGUUGGCGGAUUGGCACGGCAUCGCGUCCCCAUCCCCACCCUCUGCCAUUCCAAACGACGUGAGCGCAGUCGUCACCGGCUUAGCCAUGGCCACGUGGACACCAGACGAGUUUGAAGUCCAUAAAAUUCCCAUGUUUGGGGCUCGAGAUGAAGCAGACUAUGUCAGACCCGACACGCGGGGCGCCUACGUGGACGCGCUGCUUGCGUCGUUGCUGGCACCGUACCAACCUGCAUUGAAUGCUCUCCGUCGAGGCAUCACAACGAUCGUGCCAGCGUCGUGCCUUGGUCUGUUGUCUGCCGCCCAGUUGCAGCGGCUGUUGACGUCGCCCGCCGUGGACUUGGUUUACUUGGAGGCACAGGCAACGUAUAGCGGGGACGCCGCGACGUGUCCCGACGUAGCCGCUAGUCUGUGGAAGAUUGUACAUGGCUUCGGCUUGGACGAUCAGCGACACUUUUGCCGAUUUCUCCUAGGUCAUGACGGAUGGCAUGCGUCGAGAGUAAGCCUCGACAUCCGACCGUGCCCGUCGAUUCCACAGCAGCACGGGUGCUCUGAGGACCAGGCAACGUCGUCGUAUGGGUAUCCCUACGUCGAACGGACAACAGAGUCCGAGGCCAGCAAUGUCUCUGCCGAUCCCAUGACAUUCGUGCGGCUGUACGUGCCCGCAUACUCCUCCGUGGAACUGCUGCAAAAGAAACUGCACUUGGCCAUGACCCACACCGACCAGCCGCUCCAUCAAUCGUCCGUGUAG